UAUAAAUAUUUUUUUAAGUCAAUAUAAGAAGGAAUCAGAAGAAGUUAUCAAGAUGCGAUCGUUGCUGAAGCAGCAGGGAUUGUGGGCGCCGCUGACUGAAAAGGUGGAGCUGCAAGUCACUCCAAAUGAGAGUGAAUUACAACCCCAAGGUGGAGAAGAUCAACACACUACUGCUGAAACCACCAUUUCUGAUGUUCAUCCGGAAGCUCGUCAGAGAAGCAUCGCCAUUGAUAGAGCUAGGAGGACAGGUGUGAAGCCUCCGGUGAGGUACGAGUUUGAGGACAUGGUGACAUAUGCACUACAGGUCGCCGAUGAGGUGGAAGAUGAGCCAUCGAUAGACGAACCAUCUACAUACAAAGAAGCUGUUUCGGGCAGUAAGUGCGCUAAAUGGCUCGCUGCAAUGAGAGAAGAAAUGGAGUCAUUGUCCGAGAAUCAGACUUGGGAGCUGGUCACACGGCCUAAGGAGAGGAAGAUUGUUACUUGCAAAUGGCUUUUCAAGAAGAAGGAAGGAACCAUCCCUGGUGAGGGUGUCAGAUAUAAAGCACGACUAGUGGCAAGAGGGUUCACACAGAAGGAGGGGGUUGACUAUAAUGAGAUUUUCUCACCAGUAGUCAGACAUACUUCCAUCAGGGUGUUACUUGCGAUGGUUGCACAUCAAGAUCUGGAACUUGAGCAACUAGAUGUGAAGACAGCUUUUCUACAUGGAUUGCUUGAGGAUGAUAUCUACAUGACUCAGCCAGAGGGAUUCGUGGUUCCAGACAAGGAGAAUUAUGUUUGCAAGCUGAAGAAGUCUUUAUAUGGACUAAAGCAGUCUCCAAGGCAGUGGUAUAAGAGCUGCGAAGUCGAAGUUAGAGAUUCAGAAGUUGAAGGGCCAUCUAAAUGCUGAGUUUGAUAUGAAGGAUCUGGGUGCUGCGAAGAAAAUUCUAGGCAUGGA